AUGAUCGAAGAUCACAAGAUUAGAUAAAUCUGUACGUCAUACUUUAUACACUUCUUACAUUAAAUAUACCUUUUGCUUUACUUAGUCGCAAUAAUUUGCAAAGAUCAAACUAAAAGCUCGGGCCUUCAUAAGUGUCUUUGAAAACACCCCAUCAAUUACCAUCAAUGUGGUAAAUUAGUGUCGUAUUUAAACAAGAUAUUUAACUGAAAAUUGCGAUUAUAAUAUUUUCCUCUCCUAUGAUUAAUUGAAGCGUACAAAGCAGUGAAUGGUCGUCGCUAGUUGCAAGAAUUGCAGUCGGGCGUUAAAGCCCGUGGCGAAGCAACGCGUUCGACGAACCGCCAAAAGAAAAGUUUGCGCGCGCUUUUUGACAGUUCGAGUGUAAACUUUUUUUUUUAAAUAAAGAGUGCUAUGGUGCUGUGAGUGUCUUGUUUUUUUUCCAGUGACGCUUGAGGAUUUAUGAGAAGACGCUCACCGAAUGUAGAAGUGAAAGCGUCGAGAUGGGUCAUAAGCAGUACCUGGCGGUGAGCCAGUCUGCUCGCAGCAGGCUGUUCCGUCUGCCAGGGGACAGAACUGUACCACUGAACAUGCUGAUCUCUCAACAGGGUAAAAUAAAUCGCGGACGCCUAGCAGUUAUAACGUUCAGCAUAUUUACAGUGGCAAUAGGAAUCAUACUAUCAUUCGUGCCAUGGUUGGAUUAUAUUAUAUUUAGGGAAUUAAAAAUAUGGAACGGCUCGUUAAGCUACAGUUACUGGCAGAAGCCUGGAGUCACCCGCCUGACCAAAGUCUAUAUAUUCAACGUUACCAACCCCCAAGGGUUCUUAGAAAACGGGGAGAAACCAAAGCUGGUGGAGGUUGGACCCUUCGUCUAUAGGGAGGAUAUGGAGAAAGUUAACAUUAAGUUUCACGACAACGACACAGUGACGUACCAACACAACAAAAUAUUAAGAUUCGUACCUGAAAUGUCUGUUGAUAAGAACCAGAAAUUAGUUGUACCCAAUAUCCCUUUAUUGACUGUCACUUCCUUCUCUCCCAAUCUGGCUGGCUUCUUAUUCAAUCUUCUUGUUUCCGGACUUGCUAUCACGUACAAGGAGAGAGCGAAGCCAUUUGUCCAUGUUACAGCUGAAGAACUGGUUUUCGGAUAUGACGACCCACUCGUGACCCUCGCCCAUUACUUCUAUCCCAAAGGCAAACGGCCUAACAGUCAAAUGGGGCUUCUUUUAGCGAGAAACGGUACUUUAGAAGAAGUAUCAACAAUAUACACUGGACAAGAAUCCCUGGAUAGAUUCGGAUACAUAGACAAGAUAAACGGAUUGGAUCACCUGCCGCAUUGGAGAGAUCGACCUUGCAAUGAUAUCAGGGCCUCCGAAGGAUCCUUCUUUCCACCGAGAGCAGUUACAAAAUCAGACUUGGUUUACGUUUACGAUAAAGAUUUAUGCAGAAUCUUGCCCCUACAAUACAGAAAAGAUAUAUACAAAGACGGUAUACAAACUGGCUUGUACACCCCGCCCAGUUCCACAUUAGAGAACGCAGACUUGAAUCCCGACAACAAAUGUUAUUGCGACGGUGAGAAGUGCCCUCCUCGAGGACUACAGAACAUCAGCCCUUGCCAAUACAAUGCCCCUGUAUAUUUAUCAUACCCGCACUUCUUUGAUGCUGAGCCGACCUUACUGGAUAGCUUCGAGGGUCUGAAACCUGAUAAGAAGAAACACGAAAGCUACUUCAUGAUCCAACCGAAACUGGGGGUACCUAUAGAAGGUUUCGUGAGGGUCCAACUGAACUUGAAGGUGGAUCGCGCGCCCGACAUUGGCGUCAACAACAUCAACAAGUUUCCAGACAUUAUUUUCCCGGUCAUGUGGAUAGAGGAGGGUAUACACGAGGUGACAACACCAAUAUGGCGAUGGAUUUACCUAGCUACGACCGUUGGACCAGUAGCUGCACCAUUGCUGUCUUACUCUAUGAUAGUCAUAGGACUUUUCACUCUAAUUAUAAUUUUCGUCAAAGCAUACAAAAGCUUUGUUUUAGGCCAAAACUCCAUAGAAAUUGUCGAAAUAGGGCGAGAGACAUUACGUCGUAGGUCCACGUUGAUAAUUCACGAGUCACAAAAAAUAUUAAUGGGAAAAGAAGCUUCAUAUAAACCUCUUCAUCCACACCAUCACGACGGCAUUAUUGACAGUAAGCUGCAUGAACUAAAACACAUGAAAGCAGAACUGAGCCAAAGUCUUGACGAGUUAAAAUGUAAGUUAAGGCCGGAAUUCGUAAAAAGUAACUUAUGCGAAACUGAAAGAGAGUCGCUAAUAAGUUCAGAUAAUACCUUCAUAUUAUCCGAACACGCUAUGUGCAAUUUUUUUAAGUUACCAGAGACGGUGUGUUGACUUUUGUACGAAUGCGUAUUUGUUUUUUGUAUGACUUUGGGGUGCUUUUAGACCCGUUUGACACUAUUUGUUUCAAUAGAAUAUUAUUUCUAGAAGCAUAUUUAGUACAUAUGAGUGUUUCAAAUGAGGAAUGAUAUUUGAUAGAAGUCAUGGUCCAAGUCUAUUUUCUGUGACAAAUAUGAAUAUAAUUAUCUGACUCUCUACAUAAAUAUAUUAAUAUGACAAUAUUUUAAAAUAAAUAGUAUCUAAUCCAAUGUUAUCAUUUCAAAUAUAAUAUUUUGCUAUGAAAUUAUAAAAAUACCAUUAGUUGUUUUACACUUACUUUUUUUAUAAUGUAAAAAUUUUAUGUUGAAUGGUAAAUGGCUUGAGUGCUUAUAUUUUAAGUACUUGCCUUUAAUAAGUAUGAAUAAUUAAAAUGUGUCUUAGAACUGUUGAAUGAAUGAAUAGCAUUUUAGUUGAAUUUCUUAGACUUAAAGAACGAAUUGCUCAUUUUUAGAAUGCAAACUGCAAAUUAAGUGCUGGAGCUCGUACAUUUUGGGAAUAAAAUACUGAAUUAGUGUUCAGUGUUUAAUAAGACUGUUUAAAGAACCAGUAAAAAAAAUACUAAUUGUUUUAGUCUUUUAUUUUUUAUGGAAUUUAAGGAAAAUUCAUUAUUGCAGCAAUUAGAGGUAAAAUCUGGACCAAAAUGCUAGUCGAUUUAUGAUAAAGAGAUUUCUAUAACUAUGGGUCUAACAGUUUUUCUUAUCUACUUAGAGAUGAACCAUCUCUACCUAGCUAUUACCAAAACGAUUGACUUAAUCUUUUACUUUUUAUUUUUACUUUGGUCCAAUAAUAAUUUGAGUUGUUAUUGAAAUAAAGCAGUUUAUAAUUAAAGUAUCAAAUAUAUAACCACACAUAUAUAUAAAUUGUCAUGAAAAUUUAAUACAAGGGAAUCAUAUCAUAAAUUAGUUUUGCAAAGGACGGUAUAAAAAAAAGAGGUGUAUAUACAUUUUUAUCCACAAAAUUUUAUUUAUUUAAUUAGCACACAUCGACUAUUAUAUUCUUAUAAAGGGUAUUGUAAAUAAUUGUUAUAUGUUUAUUUAAUCGUGCACUAUUUCUUUUGUUUCUAUUGGAAUGUCAUUGGGUGAAGGUUUUGAAUAUAAUUCAUGCAGAUACUGAUUAUUUGCACGAGAAGUCAAUAAAUUGGGAAUUACAAUAUUUACUCCUAUGAUGAGACUUGGUGCUGGAAAUCUAUAUUUUGUUAAAAGUUAUACUACAAUUUAUUUCUAUAAAGACUUUUGGAUUUCGUCGUAUUUCCUUAUAUAAGACUUAUUUAAGAGAAGAAACAGGCACAAAACCGUGGGUGUCUUUUUUAUAUUGAUUAAGACCCGUAAUAUUUAUAAGAAAAUUAAUAACAUUUACUAUUUUCACUUCUGCCUUUUUAAAGUAAUUAUUAUUUGGAAUCAUAAAAAAUACAAAUAAUUCAAAGAUUAACUUUACAUUUCUUGUUAUAUCAAUCAACCAUCUGUUGCAAAAAUCUUAUGAGAUUAUUUUUAAUGUUAAUAUGAUAAAAUAAUAUGAUAAAAAUAACUAUAAAAACGAUUUUUUCUUAAAUUAGUUUUUGUCGAUGCUAAAAUUACAAUCUACAUAAUUCAUUGUUACAAUCUAUUAAUUUUUACCCAUUUAAGAUACAGUUGAAGAUGGUGACAAGAUGACCAUAAUUUAUUUAAGGUUUUUUGAAUAAUUAUGUGAUAUAAUAAUUAAGUACUGUUAGUGCCUUCUAUUAUGGGUCUAUACUAAAGCUAUGGUAAUAUAUUGUUUAAACUUGCUCAAUGUACUUGCUAUGUAAUGACUGUAAUGUGUGAUAGGGUGAAAAUAUAGAAGGUUUUUAUUUUUUAAAAAGCUUUUGUAUUUUUUAGACUUGAAAGUUUUUUUGUUUUAGUAUCUUAACAUGAGAAGAAAGCGAUAUAAUAUCGUAUCUUUUUAAAUCUUUUGGUAAAACUUUACUUAUAAGAAUAUUAACUACAUAUUUAUUGUUUUCAAUGAUACCUAAUUAUUUUGAUUUAGAACUACACCUUUUAAGUAUUUUAUAACUAAAAUAAAACUUGUUUGUAAUUGCUUAAACGGAAACUGUUAAAUAAAUAUUAAUACAACAGGUAAGUAUAUAAUCAAUACAGAAGAUUUAUUACUAAACCUUGCAGUAAUACGUCCUACUUAAUUUUGGAUGCUAUUCAAAAAGGAACGAUUUGCGCAUACUUUGGUGUAACUUAUAAACAUGGCUCUACUUUGACUAAUAAAAUUUUUGUAAUUUAUAAAAUACUUAACACUUCAUUGACUUAUUAAAAUUUUAUUGAAAUAUAGCUCACUUCAAGCUUUAAUAUAGCGAGAUUUAAAAUUUUAGAAAGCAAAUAUACUUUUAAACAAUUAAGUAUCAUAUAUUCAACUUUGAAUUGUAUGUCUAGGGUGUCAAGGACUAUUUUUAUAUACGACUGUAGUAUAUACGUUAAAGAAAAACUUGUAAAUAUUAAUUUUAAGUAUUUUUGUAUCAAAACUGUUUUUAAUAA